AUGGCGGGUCGGUUAAUAUCUGAAGAUUCCGAUGAGGAAUUUCAAGAAAUACAAUUAAACAAACUUCAAAAUAAUUAUCGACAUGCGCGAGAAGAUCAACGUGAAUAUACUAUUGAAAAGAAAGAUCAAUUACGGAUGCAAAGUAAAACUCUUCAACAGUUAGCAAAAGAACGUGAAGAAUUGAACAAAGUAUAUCGUUUGGCUGAAAGCCUUGAAAAUCAAAAGCGCGACGAAGAAAAAACUAAAAAACUACGCGAACUUAUUCAAACAAAAGAUGAAAUUCAAAAUGAAAUUCAAGAUCAACAAGCACUAACAAGCGACCUCGAUGUUCAACUACGUGAAUGGGAGAAGAAAAUUCGUCAACAACAAACAGACAUUGGUGGCGCUAAUGCUUCUAUUACAUUUAUUGCUAAUGUUCGAAAACAAGAACGUGUAUUAGAAAAUCGUUUAGAUACGGCUUUGAAACGAUUUAGUGCUUUACUUGCCUCCAAUAGUUUGCUACGCUCUGAAAUUGAUAAUCUACGAAACGAACGCGAACGUUAUGAAAAUUUAUCUCGAAAAUCUGAAAAUGAACUUCGGGAUUUACGUGCUCAAUUAGUAGAAUCUAUUGAACGUUCAGUUACUUCAUACGAACAACGUAGUUUUAAUUUUAAAAUUAAUCAAAUUCUUUGUAAAAAUUUCAGUAAAGAUGCAAAUGCCAAAGCAAUUAUGCUUCAAAAUAAAGCUGAAGCAGAUCGAACAAUAUCUGAAGCUGAAAUGCGUGAACUUGAACGACAAAUUUCUCAUGAUCGUAAAUUACGUGAUUUCAUGAAGCUUAAAUCGCAAGAACGACAAGAAGAUGAAGAACUUCUUACGCAUAGAAAGCGCAAAGAAGCCGAAGCAUUGGAAAAACGUCGUAAAGAAAAAGAAGAGCAUUCUGUAGAAGCCUAUGAAAGUAAAUUCAAAAAAAUUCAAGACAUUAGUCGUGAACAAGAUUUAGAUAAACUGGUUGAUAAAUUUAUUGAAGUUGAAGAUAAAAAUUUUGCUCUGUUUAAUUAUGUGAAUGAAUUAAAUAAUCAAAUUGAAAUAUUACAAGAACAAAUAGCUGAAAUUAAAAAAGAAAUUCAUCGUUUUGAAGUGCAAGGCGUUGACUUAGAAGAUCAACGGAAAAAAACGCUUGAUCAACUUGAAGAAAAAAGUGCAAAUGCAACAAGAUUAGCUGACGAACAUGAAGAGAAAUCUCGUACUGGAAAAAAAAUUCUUGAACAAUGCCGAGGAGGUAUCGACUCCAUAUUUAGAAAAAUUGGCUGUGACCGUAGACAAAUUGAAAGUUUACUACAAAGUCAUGAAGGUGUUACCGAAGAAAAUAUGCUACGAUAUUUAGGUAUUAUUGAAGAAAGAACAAAUGAAUUACUCAUGGCACAAGCAGCAACUCAUGCAAAAGAACAAAAUGUUCCAUUACGUGAACGUGCACCGAAUCUAAUUGGUGAUGGCCCAUCAGGACCAGCUCCACAUGUUCAUGUUCAUCUUCCGAAUACAGACGAUCGUCGUGAUCAUGAAGAUCGAGAAGAAAAAACCGAAGAACUUAAACCGUUAACACGCGAAGAACUAAAACAACGUGCAAUUGAUCAUGUUAAAAAUUUAGAAAAAAAAGCCUUACAAGAACAAAAAUAUCCUGAUAUGUCACCAGCACUAUCACGUGAGAAAAGUAUCACUGGUGGAGCAAAGAGUACCAGUGGAGAAACGGGAAAACCACCGACUUCUCGAGGACGCUAG